AUGCCACCAUCAGCUGUCCGUAGGACAUCGUCUUCGGACUCAACAGACAGCAUAAGGAAGCGUGUCGGCAAGGCCUGUGACCGAUGCCGUCUGAAGAAGUCAAAGUGUGAUGGCAGCCACCCGUGCACUAGAUGCAAGGCAGACAAUGCUAUCUGUGUCUUUGGCGAGAGGAAGAAGUCUCACGACAAGAUCUAUCCCAAAGGUUACGUGGAGAUGCUCGAACAACAACAAGCACAACUUGUCGCUGGUCUACAAGAAACAUAUCGUCGCCUAGUCGAUGCCAACAUCUGGCCUGGCAAGCCCUUGUCAGAAGCCAGCGGGCAACCUCUUACCCAUGACAUACUGGCUAGGCUGGACCUUCUGGAGCCCAAGAAUGAUGGUAGCGGCGAGCACGAACAUUUCGAGGAGGAUUGCCAAAGGCUACAACAAAAGUUAAUCUCAGAGGGCGCUUCGUUCAUCGCCAGAAGAAGUUCGAUCAGUUCCGAAUCAGAUCAUGGUCUUCCUCGCAAACACGCUCGCACUUCUUCGCACUCGAGUGUACACAGCACACCAAUGCCGACAAACGCGGCGCCCGUCUUCGACGAGAAGUUCUCAUUCCACCAAAGCGCAUCACCAUCGCCGGUCUCGCAAAGCCCCGUGCCUAAAUUAUCGCAACUAAGAUCGCCCAUCAAACCUUCGCCACUACACAAUGAAGCCAUCAACAACGACGAUUUUCUCAUGCCAUCCUGGCAAGAUCAGUUCUCCAUGCGUGGGUUCUCGGCUGCCGAUCUUAUGCGAUCACAAGUCGCCAUGCAGGCCCCGCAACUACAGGAUGGAUUCCAGGCCGCGAUGGCAUACGGCAACGCCUUCGAGCCUCAACUAGAAUAUGACAACAUGAUGCCUUUCGGCAGUCCACAAUACGCCACGCCAGCACAAGCAUUUGGAACCUUCAAUACUCAAGACUGGAUGAACGAGCCAAUGGAAGUCGACUUCAGCAAAUUCGUGCAGGUGACGACGUGA